AUGGCGACGACGCGCGUGGCCGUCGGCGGCGUCUCGAGACGAAGCGCGUGCGGACGCGGGCGUGGACGCGGCGGCGCGACGAGACGCGCGGUCACGGGGAAUGAAAACGACGACGACGCGGGCGGGGCGACGCCGUGGGACGACGCGAACGAUGGCCCGGACCCGCUCUCGAACGACGUGUUGCUCCGAAUCGUUCGAAGCGAAAUCGAUGACGCGAGCGUGAACAGGUUGGUGUGGAACGCGCUCGGGUAUCGGCGCGCGGUGGAGCUCGACGCGGAGACGUUGACGGCGAUCGAGGUGUGGACCCCGGACGAGGUGUUUCCGAACUGGAAGAAGAAUUAUCCCGAGCCGCCGGACGUGAUCGGGGUGACGAGGAAGUACGAUCCGAAGAUUGACGCGCCGGUGAAGGCGGCGUGCGCGGCGCUCACGCGAAGCGUCCCGGAGGAGCACAAGCAAGGGUUGAAAACGACGCUCAAGCCGUUGGGAUGGGGCGGGUUUAAAAUGGAGGGUUUGACGCCGAACAUGACGCGUCGGGCGCAGGUGGCGAACUGGCUGCUGUUCUACAGACGUGAGCUUCGCGGAGUUAGCAUCGAAGAGCUCAGAGCUCGGAGAGAGGCGAAGAGGGCGGAGGAGGAGGCGCAGGGGAAGACCGAUCGACCGACGGGCACGACGAGGCAGAGCGUGGUUUAG